GUUGUAGUUCUAUUCGGAGACCCGGGCGACUUAAAGUAGAUAUCAAAUGUUUCUUUAAAAAAACUACAACUCCCAUGUCCAUCAGAACAUUUCAACAUGGCUGCCCCCUCAGUGGCAGCAAGUGAGCUGCUACAUAAUAUCAAUAAACAAAUAUCAACAUUGUAUCCAAAAGCCUCGUGUGCAAUUAGAGGAAUUAGCACAACAAGCUCAAGAUGCUACAGUCAGCCGCAGCGGAGAGCGGAGAGUGCUCCCCAGCAGCUGGUGGGAGUUGUAGGCCUGGAAAUCCAUGCCCAGAUUAACUCCAACACCAAGCUAUUCUCCGGCUCACAGGUUCGCUUCUCAGCACCUCCAAACUCCCUGGUGUCAUUCUUUGAUGCAUCCUUACCUGGCACAUUACCCGUCCUGAACAAGCGAUGUGUCGAGGCAGCCGUGAUGACAGGAUUGGCUCUUAACUGCACCAUUAACAAGAAGUCCGUUUUUGACAGAAAGCACUACUUCUACGCCGACCUCCCAGCUGGGUACCAGAUCACUCAGCAGCGGCAGCCCAUUGCAAGAGACGGCACGCUGACUUACAGCCUCCUCGGAGGGAAAAAGAGGAGCCAGAUGAUCAGAAAAACUGUGAACAUCAUACAGAUCCAGCUGGAGCAGGACAGCGGCAAGAGUCUCCACGAUGAGCUCCGCAGCCAGACACUUAUAGACCUGAACAGAGCAGGUGUAGGCCUAAUGGAGCUGGUGAUGGAGCCAGACAUGAGCUGUGGAGAGGAGGCUGCUGCAGCUGUCAGAGAGCUUCAGCUCAUCCUGCAGGCUCUGGGCACCUGUCAAGGCAACAUGUCAGAGGGACAGCUGAGAGUAGAUGCCAACGUGUCCGUCCACAAACCAGGCGAGCCUCUGGGGAUCAGAGCCGAGGUGAAGAACAUCAACAGUGUCCGGUACCUGGCCAGAGCUAUAGACUACGAAAUCAAGAGACAGAUCGAUGUCGUGCAGCGAGGGGGGACUGUGCAAAAUGAGACCAGGGCGUAUGACUCCAAAUCAGGGGAGACCAUUCCUAUGAGGGACAAAGAGGGUCUUCAGGACUACAGGUUUAUGCCUGAGCCCAACCUGCCCCCUCUGAUUGUGUACGAGGAUAACGCAUCGCUGCCCACUGGCGUUGAUGCGAGCCAGGCGGUAGUGGUGCAGAAGAUAAGAGAACGACUGCCAGAGCUACCCAGCGUCAAAAGAGACAGGCUGGUGGAGACGUACGGCAUCCUGCCCGAGCACAGCUUCACUCUGGUGAAUGAGGACGGGUUGGUGGAGUACUUUGAGGCGGUGCUGAAGGCAACCAACAAGGAGCCGAGGAAGGUUAUUGGCUGGGUGACAAAUGAGCUGUUGGGUCACCUCAAACAAAAAGACAUGAGCGUGAACCAGAGCCCCGUCUCUCCCUCUGCCCUGUCUGAGCUGCUGGAGCUCAUGGAAACAGGACACAUCUCCUCUUCGGUUGCCAAGCAGGUGUUUCAGGAGAUGUGGGUUUCAUCAGGUAAGACGGCCUCGCAGAUCAUCCAUGAGCAGGACUUAGGUCUUGUUAGUGACACAUCACAGCUGCAAAGUAUCUGCCAGGAGGUGGUGAACUCACAUCCUGAUGAGGUUCAGGCCAUCAGGAAUGGAAACAAGAAGGUUCUGAACAAGCUGAUGGGACUGGUUCAGAAAGAGACCAAAGGCCGAGCUGACCCGGUUAUAGUGAGAAAAAUGUUACAGGAGAAGACUUCAUGAAGGUUAGACUGUUCUGCGGGAGCCAAAUUAUGGCAUUUGUGAACUUUAUGAAAGACUAACUAUGUGAAAGUAACGUUUUAUAUAACUUAAGUCCAUGUCAUAUUGAAGUAAGUGGUCUUCUGUGUGAAGAGGAAACUAUUGAUGGUCAAGCUGAAGAUGUACUUUUGAGAGGUUGACCUUUUUGUAAGUACUGAAAAAAGAACUUUAUGUUUGUGUUUGAAAAGUAAUAAAGCUUUUAAGAUGAA